AACCAAAGAAGAAGAAGAAUUGUGACGGAAGUGACGUAUGAACACAGGGGCGCUCUGCUGCUGCUGGCGCUGAGUUUAAAGAGUUCCGGUUGGAGUUUCUGCAGCACAAAAAAACUGCAAUUUUAUGUGCAAUUCUUUGUAAAAAUCACUUUUUAAUCUGAGCCGAAGAUGUCAAGACAAAGCAUGCCUCUGCAGGACCUGCCCUGCCUGCAGACCUCCAUGUUGUCUGAGUCCAGGAGGAUCAACAAGCGCAAGUCCAGGAGCAGCCUCACGGAGGGCCUGGACACCGAGUGCACCCCCUCAGACCUCAUCCAGCAGUGGUCCCCGAGCCACAAGCACCAGCGGCUCAUCAGCAUGGGGAAAGAGAACGACCAGAACCAGUUUGUGCUCGCCAGGAGGUCAAGGAGGAAGAAAGGUCCCACAUCGGGUAUUUCAUGGGACCACCUGCCAGAGGAGCUUCUUCUCAGGAUCCUCUUCUACCUCCCUCUGCAGGACCUCCUCAGGAUGUCCAGAGUUUGCAAACGCUGGAAUCGCUUAGCGUUUGACGAGUCUCUGUGGCACAGUGUGGACCUGGAGGGUCUCACCCACAUGGGGGUAGCUCUGCAGCAGGUGCUGAACAUCGGAGUGUGCAGGCUGCGCUGCCCUCGCUCCUUUGUGGAGGAGACAAACUUCACCGUCACCGGCGCUCUGCAGAUCGUUGAGUUGGAUCUGUCCAGCUCCAUCAUCCCCACCUCUGCUCUGGAGAGCAUCAUCAGUCGCUGCACACAGCUGGAGUAUCUGAGCCUGGAGGGUCUGCAGCUCUCUGACACCAUCAUCAGCUCUCUGUCCAAGAACACAAACCUGCUGCAGCUGAAUCUGAGCGGCUGCUCCGGCUUCUCCGCUCCUCCUCUGGCCGACAUGUUGAAAUCCUGCAGCAGAAUCGAGCGGCUGAACAUCUCGUGGUGCGACUUCAGCAACGGUCAUGUGAAGAGCGUCGUGGAGAAUCUGAGCUCUGCUGUGACUCAGCUCACCAUCAGCGGCUACAGAGAGAGCCUCACGCUGGACGAUGUGACGGUGCUGGUUUCGAGAUGCCCCCACAUUACGACCCUCGAUUUAAGUGACAGCACUCUGCUGAUGGCCGACAGCUUCCCUGUCCUCAAACAGCUGAAGAACCUGCACCACCUUUCUCUGAGCCGCUGCUACCACAUCCACCUGGCUGCUCUCACUGACCUCGGGCAGAUGUUCCCCCUGCUGAGUCUUCUGGAGGUUUUCGGCCUCCUACACGACUCCCAGCUCUCCUCUCUGAAGAAGGAGCUGCCUCGCAUCAGCAUCAACACCCGCCCUUUCUCCAGCAUUGCCAGGCCCACGCCCGCCUGCAGACCCCAGGGCCCCGUCAGGGACCGCGCCAUGUGGAGCAGAACGUGUCGUCUGAGGGUCAAGCUGUAAACCUACAGGAGCCGCGUUUCAGUGUUUGUUGCUGCUACAGACGUGUCUUUACAUGUUGGCGGGCGUUAAGGUUACUAAAGGUCAAGUGCUGCCUGCUUUUAGGGAAAUGUUGAAUUUAGGGAAUCAUCCAGAUUUGGAUGUUGAAUCCAGUUUUUCUUGAAUAUGUUGAUAUGAACUUUUAGCGAUGUUUUUGAAUCUAUUUCAGGUUCUAAUAAUGUGUUAAUUUAAAAUAUUUUGUGAUGGAAACAAGUUUUUUUUUAAAGGGCUCGAUUGAAUGUUGACGUCUAUCGGAUGUCUGUAAAUAUUUAGCGCAGCUGAUCUCCGACAUUUUAAAAGAUACUCGUGUUCUCAGAUGUAACAAUGAGAGAAGAGUCGAUUUUAAUCAGUGAGAAAGUUUUAAUGUAAAACAAUCGAUGCAGCGAGAAGAGCUGUGAAUGAUCCUUGAAACCACUUUGUUACUUUAAACACACAUUACGUUUACAUUUAACCCGACCGGGUUAUCAUUCAUGUACAUGUGACUCUUCUGUCGCUCUAAUGAUGACUUCUGUGUGUCGCUGUUCAUGAAUCAAUGUGCUGUACGCUCGGUGCUCUCUUCCAUUUCAUUCCAAAUUACUGAAAUUCAGUGUUUUAACUUGUGAAUUGUUCAUUUUUCAGUAAACCACAGAGUAAAAAAAAUC